GGAACGCUCAGCUCCGAAAAGCCAGCCUGGCCGAUUCCCCUCGAUUGUCAGGGUCCUUCGGACGCGCAUUGGAGCAAUCCUCCUCGUGUCGAAACCCCAAUUAUUUCCAGACACAACUCACCCUCGCUUUGCCUUUCUCUUAUUUUGCCUUUUGCCUCGUUUGUUUCUUUGCGAGAUUUUGUGAACCAUUGGUCGUCGUGACCGGUCCCCUCAGUUCCGGGUCCUAUUCCCGGAUUUCGGGGCGAGUCAACAAGGUUCUUGCACAUAAACAAGGCUACUCUGCCACCGGCCAUGGCUCGCACAAAGCAGGCCACACCUCUCUGGCGCGAGCCCUCUUCCGAGUACAUCAGCAAGGCUGAUCGCACUCCGCGAAGCAGGAAAGUCAGUGCGACGCACGGGAUGGCAGACGAGCUCAACGGAAAGGCCAAUGGCGAGGUUUUGGCCAGUACCAGCGUGCCGAGCACCGAGACCAAGACCCCCGUCACAAAGAAGGACGCUGGCAUUGUCACGCUCAUCGUCGACAUCGCCGGUAUCUAUGCGUCCUUCCUAACAUGGGCCUACCUCCAAGAGAAGCUCACCACCACUACCUACGGCCCGCCCACCGUCCCCGAGCGCUUCAAGUUCCCGGUCUUCCUCCUGACAAUCCAAUCCGUCUUUGCCUUCCUCGGCGGCAAGCUCUUCUCGGUCCUGACCACCCCGCGCGGGCAGCCCUCGCCGCCGCUGAUCCCCACCCGCCAGAUCCUGCCCCCGCUGUUACUCGUGGCCUUCACCAACGCCCUCGCCGCCCCCUUCGGCUACGCCGCCCUCGCUCACAUCGACUACAUUACCUACAUCCUCGCCAAGAGCUGCAAGCUCUUGCCGGUGAUGUUCCUGCACAUCACCGUGUUCCGCAAGCGCUACCCGCUGUACAAGUACCUCGUCGUGGCGGCCGUGACGUGCGGCGUCGCCGUGUUCACGCUGCACUCGGGCAGCCGGAAGCAUGGUGGUGGUGGUGGUAACAAUGAUAAGAGAGCGGCUAGCCACAGCGGGCAGACGGCGUGGGGAAUGCUGCUGCUCGGGAUCAACUUGUUGUUUGAUGGCCUGACGAAUAGCACGCAGGAUUACAUCUUCCAGACCUUCAGGGGGUAUACGGGUCCGCAGAUGAUGGCGGCGAAUAAUCUGCUGGGUUCGGCUAUCACGGGCGGGUAUCUGGUGCUGAGUCCGUGGUUGGUGCAGACGCCCGUCGGGGAGUGGUUCGGCAUGGACGUGACGGGCGCUGGGGCCGGCGAGUUGAAGGCGGCGUUGGGGUUUUUGGCGAGGUAUCCGGCCGUGUGGAGAGACGUGCUGGGAUUUGCGCUGUGCGGGUGCAUUGGGCAGGUGUUUAUUUUCCACACGCUCUCGACCUUCUCGUCGGUCCUGCUCGUUACCGUCACCGUCACGCGUAAGAUGUUCACCAUGAUCCUCAGCGUCGUCGCGUUUGGGCACCGGCUGUCGCAGAUGCAGUGGUUGGGUGUCGCGCUGGUGUUUGGCGGCAUCGGGGUGGAGGCGCAGAUCGCGAGGCGGGAAAAGCUCGCAAAGGAGGCGGCGAAGAAGGCCAAGGGGCAAUAGCCUAUGGGAUUGUAGAGAGGGCGAGGUGGAGUUGUACAUACAUAUCAUUCUGUUUCUGGUACAUACAUACUUGGGUAGAUAGUGAUACAUCUGGUUUAUUUUUGGC